UUUGUACUUUGGAGAAGCCGACCUGUUAUCCAUAGCACGUUGUGCUAAUGUUUGACACCCGUCUUGUAGCCCUGAACGAAUCAAUUUGAAACACCGUUUGUCCGGUUCUGACCCAGUAAGCCUGUCAGGGAGGAGUGCUCACAUCGUGCGGUUCCGUCUCAGGUCUAUGGUUUGAAACUGUCCGAGCUCUGGAGGAGAGAAGUGAAAGAUGACGCAGUUUUUACCUCCGAACCUGCUGGCCCUGUUUGCACCACGGGACCCGAUUCCUUUCCUACCUCAGCUGGAAAAGUUACCCCAUGAGAAGCACCACAACCAGCCGUACUGUGGCAUCGCUCCGUUCAUCAGGCACUUCGAGGACCCAAGAGACGCUCCUCCACCAACAAGAGCAGAGACCCGAGAGGAGCGCCUGGAGAGAAAGAUCUAUAUUGUGUACAACAAGAAGACGGGGAAGCCUCGUGGCUAUGCUUUCAUUGAGUAUGAGCAUGAACGAGACAUGCACUCGGCCUACAAGCACGCAGACGGAAAGAAGAUUGAUGGCAGGAGGGUGUUGGUGGAUGUAGAAAGAGGACGCACUGUGAAAGGAUGGCGUCCUCGGAGGCUAGGAGGUGGGUUAGGUGGGACAAGGAGAGGCGGAGCUGACGUCAACAUCAAACACUCCGGUCGAGAUGACGCCUCUCGUUACGAUGACCGCUCACUGGGGCCUGACCGCGGGGACCGCAGGGAGCGAAGCCGGGAACGCGACAGGGACAAGGACCGAGAACGGCGGAGGACCCGCUCUCGCGAAAGGCGCCGUCACUCCCGGGAGAGAGAGAGGGAGAGAGAGCGGCCGGGCGCGGUGGGAGAAGAGGUCAGCAGCAGCAGCAGCCGGCGGCGGGAGCGGGAGCGUGGAGCAGCAGGAGCAGUGGCAGGGACAGGAGACAGCAGGAGCAGGGAAAGAAGUCGAGACAGGAAGAGACGAAGCAGGAGCCGCGACCGUAAAAGAGACAGGGAGAGGGCCAAAGGGGUGGAYGGGGAGGAAGUGGGCCAGGCAGACGGCGUCCCCGAGGGGGGGGAGCGAGUCCUGGGGGAGCAGGAAGGAGAGGUGGGGGAGGGGACGGAGGAGCGUCGAGACCGGGACAGAGAGAAAGACAGGGACAGACGACGCAGCCACAGGGAUAGAGACAGGCGCAGGGGGGACAGAGACAGAGACAGGGACAGGGAGCACAAACGGGACAGGGGGGAGCGAGACAGGGGGGAGCGCAGAGAGGAGCGCCACGGCUCCACGAGAGAAGACCUGGGUCCUCAGGUGGAGAUGGCCAACGAGGACAACGGAGCCCCGACGCAGGAGGAGUACAGUCAGGACGGCAUGACGGACCAGCAGUCCGUCCCGUCGGCUGACGGCUUCGGCUCCGGAGAGAACGGCUUCAAGAUGGAGGUUCCAGAUGAGUACUGAGGUCCCUCCUGCUCCUCCCACAGAAAAAUCACUUGUUUUUCUUUCUCCUGACUUUCUGCCCAAAGCCUUCAGGUCUCAGGUGUUCAUGAGGAGUACACUUGUAGUCAGCCGCUCUGUUGGAAUCUUUCAUUUGCACGUUUUGAUUUGGUCUGAAGAAGUGGCAGUUCUCCUGCAUCUCCUUAUCAACCUGUGCCACUCGAUGUGUCCCAACGACUCUGUGGACAUUCUUUUUGUUUUUUAAUCAGUGUGGUGGUAAAGUUCACUGGAAACAGGAACACAGGAGCUGAGUUCAUUCUGAGCAGGUUGAUUCAAUCAGCAGUUCAAACUGAACUCUGCAACAAGAGAUGAAAUUCAAACAGGAAUGUUAGUGUUGAAGGCUGUUUUUUUUAUCUGUUUAUAGACGUGCAGGUCAUUUUAAUAAAGAUGUCUCUCCACAGUGAA